AUGUACUGGCAUAUACAUGAGAGUUGUUCUGCCAAUCUCCUGCAACAUAGGUUUGAUGGAGGUGGUGGUGAUGGUGGUGGCGAUGGUGACAAAGGAGGCGGUGGUGACGGUGAUGGUGGUGGUGACGAAGGAGGCGGUGGUGGCGGUGAUGAGCUGGGUGGUGAUGAGGGUGGUGGUGAUGACAUGGGUGGCAACAAAGGUGGAGGUGAUGACCUGGGUGGCAUCGAUGGUGGCAAUGAUGACCUGGGCGGGGAUGAAGGUGGCGGGGAUGACCUAGGUGGCGACAAAGGGGAAGGUGAUAACAUGGGUGGCACUAAUGGUGGCGUUGAUGACCUGGGUGGGGAUGAAGGUGGUGGGGAUGACCUAGGUGGUGACAAAGGGGAAGGUGAUAACCUGGGUGGCACUAAUGGUGGCGGGGAUGACCUGGGCGGGGACGAAGGUGGCAGUGAUGGCCUGGGUGGCAAUGAAGGUAGCAAUGGUGACCUAGGCAAUGGUGGUGGUCGUGAUAGUAACAAUCGAAUUUGA